AGUAUUUUGUACGGUUUUCAGGUGAAUAUCAGAGAAAGUAAAAGCAAAUAAAAGUAUUGUGAGCUAGAUUCUAUGAAACAAUUCUACAAAUAGUAUAUGAUAAAAUAGGAGCAAACAAUUGUUGUCAAACUCAAGCGAUUUCUGUUGCAUAUUUUAUAGACUUUCCUCAUCACUGUCGUCAGCUGUUCCAAGGUCAUAUAUUAGUUUUUCAUCAAUAAAUACAUCUUGUAUUAGAAUUAGAUUUUAUAAAAUAUGCGAGAAAUCAAUGAUUCGUUUGUUUGCAGUCAUUAAAAGAAAUUAAAAGAGUGUUAAAGUGGUUAGUUUUUUGCCAAGGGAGGCUAUUGUGUCUGCAAUGUCACGUGGCAUUCAUAACCGGUCUUUGGAAAAUAAAACAAAUGGCUAACUAGUUAAAUAUAUAUGAUUAAAAGUGACGCAAUCCAAAAGCUUUUCCAAUAUGCGUCUUUCGGCUAGUUUGUUGAAGCCAAAAGCUUCAGAAGUCUUAACCGCUUACCUUAAACAAUGUAACGAACCACCGUGGACGUCUUAUUUUGUGAAGUUCAGGGAUGUUGAGAAUGAUCAACGUGGUAGGUCACACUUCAAUUGGACUCUUGACUCUGGGGCAAAUUAUCAUAUACUCCGUACAGGAUGUUAUCCAUAUAUGAAAUAUCACUGCAGCAAACGGGCAAUUCAAGAUCUUUCCAUGGAAGAUAAGUUUUUCCGAUUUUUGAAAGUAAUAAAUUUGGGACUGCCAAUGUUAUUUUAUGGGCUAGCUGCAAUUCAUCUUAUAUCGCACACGGAACUUGUUUAUUUACCAAAUGGUGAUCGAAUCCCUAUAUACUUUCUUUAUGCAGAAGACAAGGGUUCUAUGCACUGAUUAUUUUUUAAUCAAUAUAAUAAAAUGCAUUAAAACUGUA